UCAUGCAAGUCAAAAGGAUAGUGAGGAGUCCAGUGUAAAGAGAUAGCUGGAAGCUUACUUGUAAUAGCCUACAUUUGUUCUGUUUUCGGCGCUGCAGAAGAUUUGGUAGCGUUAAUCUUAUGAAUUACACACAAAGCAGAAGGCGUCUCUUUACAUUUAGUUGUAUUAUCUGUGUUGAGAGGACGAUGCCUUUGAGGACCGGACUUUUUCUCCUGAUGGUGCUGAACGCAUCUGCAUACGAACUGGAUCAAAACGAGUCUUAUUCGCCCAGGAGAGCACGCUUUUCUGUCAAUAGCCCUUCAGAUGUGGCACGCUGUCUCAACAGUGCCCUCCAAGUUGGCUGCGGAGCCUUCGCCUGCCUGGAAAACUCAACUUGUGACACAGAUGGCAUGCAUGACAUCUGCAAGUCCUUCCUAUACAGUGCUGCUAAAUUUGACACUCAGGGUAAAGCAUUUGUGAAGGAGAGCCUUAAGUGCAUUGCCAAUGGCAUCACCUCGAAGGCAUUCUCCACCAUUCGCCGCUGCUCCACCUUCCAAAGAAUGAUAUCUGACGUCCAAGAGGAGUGUUACAGCAAGCUGAAUAUCUGCACUGUUGCCCGAUCGAACCCAGAUGCUAUUGGUGAAGUGGCACAGCUACCAAGUCACUUCCCCAACAGGUUUUAUGGUAAGCUGCUACAGAGUCUGAUGGACUGUGAUGAGGACACGGUGGACCGCGUUCGGACCAGCAUGGUGUCGCGGCUGGGCCCAGAGAUGACCAUGCUUAUUCAGCUGCUGCAGAACAAGCCCUGCCCAUCCACUGCUGUGGCUGCAGCUGCCGCCAUCCCAACUGGAGUGGAGGGCCGUGGGAGCUGGCGCUGGUCCAUGGGUCCCCAUAUGUACAAGAUCCAGCCUAAUCUGCGAAACAGAGACUCUGCCAGUCAUUUUGGCAAAAAGCGCUCUGCCAGUGACAGCUCCUAACUUCCACUCAGAUUCAGAAACUCCACACACACUCCUUAAAACAUCACGAAAGCUCCUCUAUUCCCUAGGGGUGAUAAAAUACAUUCCUCCGCUAGACUGGAAGUUACAGAAAUAUGCACCUCUAGGGAAUGCUGGAACGCCCAUAGAGUUGAUAUCAGAGUUUGAUUGUUGUUAUAUUGUAUAUCCUACACUUUAGGCUUGAGAGAUCUCCCCCUUCCAUCGACUAUUUUCAAACGUGUAUGCUCACAGUUAGUGUUGAACAUGUGGCUGUUGCAUCUGCGCAACAUGGUCCUGCACACUCCUCUUCACCUCCUCCAAAGCAAAUGAAUCCUUAAGAUGUCUUUUAAUGCCAAGCAAAAAACACAAAAACAAAAACAAAAAAACUAAAUAAACAGCCAUAGUGUUUCACGCCUCUAGAGCACAAGUCCGUACACAAAUCUCAUAAUCCAGACAUUUGUUCAUAAAUAGAGAUCAGUACCUGGAUUAUUAUUAGUUCAUUGAUAGAAAUGAGAAAUGAUUGGUAGAUGUAUUUAAUAUUUUAGUGACAAGGCCAGUCAAAGUUUGAGCAUGUGAUGUGGAAAUGAGUUUCAUAUCUAUUUUCUGACACUAACAUAACAGAUAAAAUGUACUGUAUACCAAGUUAUCUAAGACAGCCAUAGCUAGCCCUCUAAAGAGUGCUCAUACAGAGCGAGGUCUGUAGAGGUUUCGUGAUAACCUUUGAGAGGUUACCUUAAACUGACCAAAUAUCUACAAACUGCCCUGAAUGCUAUUCAUGAAAUACCAAAAGAGUGUAUAGCUAUAGCACUUAUAAUAGUUUUUUUGUGCGUGUGUUUUUUUUUCUGAUGGCAGAUGUCGCCAUGGUCAUGUGUUUCAAAUCAUCAUCCUGCACAUAAGGAUUGUCCACAUCAUGGCCAAGUCUAACUAUUAGAAAAAGUCAAUUUUGCAUAUCUUGUAUCCAGACACUUGUAAUGCAUAUGACUGUUGAGCUCUACAGCAUACGUGGGACCAUGUUUAGUGGAAUCUGUAUCCAUGUUCUUAACUGAGCAUGAAGCAGUAGUGUAUGUGCAGUAGCUAAUUAGCACGUUCACCAAUGAGACUGAGAGCAGCCAUCUUCUUGGACUGAUGAUCAUCAUUCUCUGAGGUGAAUAACGUGACAUACACACUGGCUUCCAGUGUCAAGAUUGAGAAUGACUAUUUAAAAAAAAAGCCUUGUUGGAAUGAUAUUUAUUUUCCUACUAUAUUAUUUAAUGUUUUUUUUAUUUUAAUGCAUUAUUGUAGUUUUAAUUAGUUUACAGAUUUUAAAAAAGCAGUUCAGUCAUGGCUCCUAUUUGAACAUGAGCUCUAUGCCAAAAAAAAAGUGAGCUGACACUCUGGUGACUGAAUGGGACCCAUGUCAUGACUCUGUGCUGGUCAUAGGGGAACAAGGUUGGUCAUUCAAGUCAGGUGAUCUUCUUCAUGGGUGUUACAAGGGACCACAACAAAAUGAUAGCUUAAUUUUGACACACUUUCUGGUUGAUAAAAAGGUUGUCAUUGCAGCUGCUAGAUGUGCUUGUUCGCCGCUGGAGGCUUGUGCACAUUAUUGAAGAUUGGCCAGGUAUAAUGACAGUAAAACCAACACCAGCAUCAAGAACACUCAUAGUGAAGUUUUGAUGGUUCUGCACUGGUUUGCAUAGGCUAAAAUAAAUUUUCCUUAAGAUGCCUACACAGAGAUCAGUUCUAGUUGUAGCUAGUGAUUAUCUUCAUCCCUUGAUUUUUUUGUUUUGUUUUGUGAUUGUAUUGUAUUAUAUAAUUUAUCUAUAUUAUAAAGUAGAGAAAGAGAUGGGAAAGAUCCAAGAGAGAUAAUAAUCUGUUUUGGCCCUUUGUCCCAAAGUCUUUUUUUUAUAGUCCCAUGUUAACAAGUAAGUAAACAAAAAUCAUAGAAAAUCGCCUGACAACAUAAGCAAACAACCCUGUGACUGUCAUCAGAUGCUGAUUCAAAUGUUGCAAAAUUCUGAUCGGUGCUCUGAAGUAUUUAACAAUGUAUGGGUUGUUGGUGAGGUGUAUUUAAAUGACAGGCUGUCUCACUAGGUAAGAAGUUCAAGAUGGUUUGUGUAUAUUAAGAGGCAUCAUAACUGUACAUCAGUGUAACAAAAAGUCCCAGUAGAUGUCAUCCAUUUAGCAAUCCCCUUCCAAAAACAAUAUAUGAAAUCUGAACAUUUUUGCAGAUACGACUGUAUGUUUCAUGGCCUUCAGGGAUUGAGACAAUCUUUCAGAAUCAGUAGAUAACUACAGAGUCAAGUCACUGAGAAGGGUCUUAAUGCUGGUGUUUGUUUUAUCUAUACUUAGUAGAUAGAUGGUGGUUUGCCAUUCACUUCAAUUAGAUAAUUAAUGGCUUAAGUUAGUUUCUGCUUGGGAGUAAAUUGCAGAUACAUCGUGCACAUUAAAAAAUGCAAUAUAGAGAUGAACUUGGAACCAGGGCUGGGUUCAGUUCAUUUCUUGAACAUUCAAACCUUGCAAAUCAAGAAUACUUUGAUAACAAAAUGAUAAGGAAUUAUUGGGCAGAAAGGGUUUGCUUGCCUGAUUUUUUGCUUUGACUUCACGAAAGGAAUUUAACCCAGUCCUGUUUGAAAAAAAGUGAAUUAACAUAUUGUCCUGGAUUGAUAUGAGCGAACAGACCAGAAAAACAGAGAUGUCACUGUCAAUUUAAUAGCUAUGUUAAGAUUUCCAAACUAUGCAAUAAUCUCACAUACAAAGGAUUCACAGCAACACAUAAAUUGACCUUUAUUUCAUUCAGUGCCAGCCAAUGCUGUGUGAAUAAAGCAGCAGCAUGUAUGCUUUCAUACUGGACUCACAGUGUGAAGGCAUUGCUCCUCUAUAUUACUUUCUGUUUCUGUGGUUUUUGUAAACUAGUGUUUCUUUUUGUUCUGUGAAUAUGAUCAUUUCUUUUGUGUCAUUUGGUGCAAAAGGACAGCAGUUCUGAAGGAAUCACUUGGGAAGUUAAGAGCUACACUGUAGUGUAUCCUAGCUUACUAUUUUAUGGUAAAUAUGCACUUUGCAUCUUAACCACUAUAAAGGGCAUUGAAACAUUCAGCACAUUUGCAAUUAAGGCAUGUUUUAUUUACCCAGUGAAUGGAAAUCAGUUUGAAUAUUUCGCAUCCUGAAGGGUCAGGGCUUCUUCAUGUACUAUUGAUACAUAUGUCUGUAUCUUUGUUGUCCAUGGGUAAAUCCAAAACCCAACAGCUGCUGCUAAACUGUUACUUCCCUGUAUGAUGCUGUCCAGAUGCCCUUCCACUGUGGCCGCUCAGAUCUGUCAACACACAGCGAGCUCAGCAUCGGUCCACAUUUACACAUUUUCUUUGUCCAUCCAUGUCUUCAUAUUUAUUUUCUAUGAACAUUCCUUGUGUCAAACAUAUUUGGCAAGGGCAAAUUGACUGUUUCCUCACCAAGUCAAAUGUAAUGGUAAUUUCAGAGAAUGUACCUGUAUACUGAAUGUCUGUUUUGACGAGGACAUGCCCAAGUUCAAGUGACCCAUGAAGGCUGUUAGAAAAUACAAAAGUUAGAAAAGUAUAUGGUUUUCAAUUACUUGUUGUUUUUAAUUCAAGUAUAGGGUGCUUAAGGUGGUACGGGAGCAUUAUUAAAUUGGCCCACGGUGAGUUUUGUGAACACUAGAGACUAAAGACUCCCUCACUUCUGGCUCUUCAUGGUACUCUUUCCUUUUAAGACUUGAAAUAGAUUGAUAAAUGUUGCGCUUAAACAAAAUCAAAAAGCUUCGGUGACUAGUAAAGUUUAUUUUGUAUUCAUAAAUACGUGACAGUUAUUUUACUAAGAUUCAAAAAGUUAUCGAGGAUUUAAGAUUGCUGAGGUUCCUGAUGCUAUGUAACGCAUGAUUGACCCUUGUGAAUCACUUGCACUUUAAAAUAUACCCAUAUACAUAUAUACCCAUACUGUGUAUAUGUUUGGGUUUUUCCUCUGUACUGAAAAGUCAUGAAAGAUACAAAUGCAUCAAUUGUGUGUCUUUUGCUGAUCAGAAAUAAAAUAUUUAUCAUAUCUGGCAUAUGGUAUGAAAUA